UCUCGUGAACGGCAUCGGGAAAAUCGCGAGUUGAAAAGUGUAAAAAAGGUGGAUUUGUGGCGUUCCUAGAAAGUGCAGCUAACCGCAGAAGAGCAGCCUAACAAAAGGUUGUCCAUAUCCCCGUGUGAACGAAGUCGGAAACUACUCCUACUUGCCAGCAGCACCACGAUUGAUUUCUCCUCUGUGCCCCGUGGGUCGUCGUUUUUGUUACUCUCCCUCUUUCCCCCCUCGUCUCAUAUCAAAUCUCUAACCUUUUGGGCCACGAGUGACGGAAUUCGUUCACCGUGCGUGCUCGUAGUGCUAAAAGUCGAAAGACGGGAACCGCUAAACUAGACAAAAACUAAGCAGGCUUGGUGAAGAAAAAAGUCCUGUACCGACGCAAUUCAACGGCGACCAACACAGCUUCACAGAUCGUUCCAUGAUGCAUAUUGUGCAGAUUCUUGAAAAAACCGUCUCGCCAGAUCAAGAUGAAUUGCUGGCGGCGAAAAACUUCCUCGAACAGGCAGCCGCCACCAACCUGCCAGACUUCCUGCGGGCGCUUUCCGAUGUGCUCUUCUAUCCGGGCAACUCGACGGUCGCCCGUAUGGCGGCCGGUUUGCAGUUGAAGAAUCACCUGACGAGCAAGGAUGAAGCGAACAAACAGCAGUACCAGGAACGAUGGCGAUCCUUUCCGGAGGAUGUGAAGGAGUACAUCCGGAAAAAUAUCCUUGGCACACUCGGUACGGAAGAAUCGCGUCCCUCGUCCGCCGCCCAGUGUGUGGCGUACGUUGCAGUGGCCGAUCUGCCAGCGCGCCAGUGGCCUGAUUUGAUGCAGAAACUGGUCGACAAUGUGGUGAACGAAAAGUCGACCGAAGCAUUGCGCGAAUCGACACUCGAGGCAAUCGGCUACAUAUGUCAGGACAUUAAGUCGGAAAUUCUCAAACACCAGUCGAACCAGAUCCUGACCGCCAUCAUACACGGUAUGCGCAAAUCAGAACCCUCGAACCACGUCCGAUUGGCCGCCACAAAUGCCCUGCACAAUUCGCUCGAGUUCACAAAGGCCAACUUUGAGGAGACGGCCGAGCGGAACUACAUAAUGGAGGUAGUGUGCGAGGCAACCCAGUCCACCGACACGCAGAUCUGUGUUGCGGCGCUGCAGUGUUUGGUGCGCAUUUUGACACUCUAUUACCAGCACAUGGAAGCGUACAUGGCGCAAGCCCUGUUUCCCAUUACGCUCGAAGCGAUGAAGUCUGAUAACGAACAGAUUGCUCUGCAGGGUAUCGAGUUUUGGUCGAACGUCAGUGACGAAGAGAUCGAUCUCGCGAUCGAAGCCCAGGAAGUGGCGGAAACAGGGCGCCUGCCGAACAGGGUAUCGAAGUAUUACGCCCGCGGUGCGCUGCAAUACCUUGUGCCGGUGCUGAUGGAGAAAUUAACGCACCAGGAAGAGUUCGACGAUGAGGACGACUGGAAUCCCGCCAAAUCGGCCGGCGUUUGCUUGAUGCUGCUGGCGACGUGCUGCGGAGAGGAGAUUGUGGCGCAUGUGCUUCCGUUUGUGAAUGCGAAUAUCAAAUCUACGAACUGGCGGUUCCGCGAUGCGGCCGUCAUGGUGUUCGGGUCGAUUCUGAGCGCUCUCGAGACGGACCGGUUGAAGCCGAUGCUCGAAACGGCGAUGCCGACGCUGAUUGAGCUGAUGUACGACGACAGUGUGAUCGUUCGCGAUACGUGCGCGUGGACGUUCGGGCGCAUUUGCGAGGUGAUUCCGGAGGUCGCCAUCAAGGAACAGUAUCUUGAGCCGCUGCUCAAAGCCCUGCUGAACGGUCUGAAGUCUGAACCGCGCGUUGCCACGAACGUGUGCUGGGCGUUUUCCGGCCUGUCGGAGGCGGCCUACGAUGCGGUCAACAUCGACGAUGACCCGCCGCAGACGUACUGUCUGUCGAAGUACUUUGACUAUAUCAUCACCAGCCUGCUGGAAGCGACGGAUCGCCGUGAUGGGUCGCAGGCCAACCUUCGCUCGUCGGCAUACGAGGCACUGAUGGAGAUGGUGAAGAACUCGCCCCUCGAUUGCUACGUGUCGGUGCAGCGCACCACGAUGGUCAUUCUCGAACGGAUCAAUCAGGUGCUGCAGAUGGAGUCGCACAUUGCAUCGCACAGCGAUCGGCAUCAGUUUAACGACCUGCAAUCGCUGCUCUGUGCCUCGUUGCAAUCCGUGCUGCGAAAAGUGGAGGCCAAGGAUGCGCCACAGAUUUCAGACGCGAUCAUGAUGGCGCUGUUGACGAUGUUUAGCUCCAGCUCGGGCAAAGUGUGCGGGGUCCAGGAGGAUGCACUGAUGGCGGUCGCCACGUUGGUCGAUCUGCUUGGCGAAGAGUUCAUUAAGUACAUGGACGCGUUCAAGGAGUAUCUGUACAUGGGACUGAAGAGCCACCAGGAGUAUCAAGUGUGUUGCACGGCCGUUGGUUUGGCCGGUGAUAUUUGCCGCGGUCUGAAGAGCAAGAUUUUGCCGUACUGUGACGAAAUCAUGACGCUGCUACUGCAGAACCUUAGCAACCCUAAUUUGCACCGUAGCGUGAAGCCACAAAUACUAACCGUCUUCGGCGACAUGGCACUGGGAAUCGGGCCGGACUUCAAGAAGUAUCUGAACGUGGUGCUGCCGAUGCUGGCCGCUGCAACCCAGGUGCAGAUCGAUCAGCACGACUACGACAUGAUCGACUAUCUGAACGAACUCCGUGAAAGUGUGCUCGAGGCCUACACUGGCAUCGUUCAGGGCCUGAAGGGACCGGAAAAAACACCGCUCGAGGAUGUAAACUCCCUGCUGCCACAGGUACCAUUCAUCAUCAACUACAUCGCCUCCAUCGCCAAAGAUUCUGAGCUAUCCGAUGGUAACAUUGCGAUCGCCGCCGGUUUGAUCGGUGACAUGUGCAGCGCGUUCGGUCACAUGAUGCUACAGUUUGUCGAGGAUCCGAGCAUAAUGGAGCUACUGAAUGAUGGCAAAACUUCGCGCACCUCACGUACCAAAACCCUUGCUACGUGGGCAUUGAAGGAGAUCAAGCGGUUGAAGCAUUUGCCAGUCAACACGAGUUGAUUUGUCCCAGCAUCAACGGUAACACGAUCAACUACGCCAACAACAGCAGCGGCACACCGACCACCACCGUACCAGCCACCUAAUUCUACACCCGUCAUCCUGCAGCAUGCUGUCGCAACUCAUCCUAACAGCAACGAAGCCACCAAUUUUCAUGAUCACUACUUCUAUCGAAGCGCAAUCUUACCGUCGUCCUCUGCCGCCGUCAUUCUUCGUGGCGAUGUGCUCGAAAAGAAGUUUCCUUUCGUGCACGGCGACCCUCUUCGCGGAGCACCACCACCACCUCCGCGGCCUGCAUAAAGAUCACAAAGCACAGUCAGCAAUAUUUGCAUCAGAGCGGCUCUACUUGACAUAAUCCCAAUACCCCCAAUGCACCGGCGGGAAACACGGAAGUUAAAUUGUUACAACGCACGUUUAUUUAUGAAUUCUGCUGGACAGUACUCAACAUGCAACAAACGCCGGGAUAAGAGAGAAACCCAUAGUUUCUACAGUUUUCGCAUCAAAUGAUCAUCGUCGAACAACGAUCACGCCAUCAUCCGUGUUGGAGAAACUGCAGUCAUCAUCGUCGAGCCCAUUUCGCCCUUUUCCAGUCGAUCGAUCUCUUCCACUUUCAAGUAAGUUUCAAUUUGAUGUAAGUUUGAGAUGUUUGGGAGAGUUGUGACGAAACAAAGUGCUCGCCCCAGUCGGUGCCGAAUGAGGCUCACAGUAAAUUAAUGUCAACGUUUACUAAAGCUAUGGUGCCCUGCCUUUUUCCUUUCGUAAGUUUUUUAAUGCAAACAAUCACAUGCCUUGUGACGGAGGACAGGAAGUAAAAUGGCUCGCACACCCCGUCGUAAUACUGUUUCCGGUUCUCUCGGUUAAAUUCGUACCGAUGUUCGUUUUUAUAAAUUAUCGACACUUGAAUAAUACCUCUUGGAGACGGAAGUUCCCAGUGGGAGGUUCAGUUGUAGGCUAUUAGCAACUGCACCCAGGCCCAUCGCAUGCGACGUGACUUUCGUGCUGCGUAAAACGAAUGAAAGUGAGUAGAACAUCGAAUUUCCUUUUUCCCGUUUUGUGUCGGGAACCGUUGAAUGGAACGCUUGUAAAAAGAGAAUCCGUGACAACUGUAGUCCCCCAGAAACCUUUGGCUGGUAGCAGCGCUUUUCCAUUGGAAUGAUGGUUUGAAAAGAAAAAUUAUCACUUAAGUGAAUGUUUAAAUUUUAGUUUUGAUCGAUUCAAAAAUUGAAGGCACACUGGGCUGGGAUCAGCGCUUAUCACAAAUGAAGAGUGGCUUAACAAAUGAUGGUGUUACGUCGCAACCCGCACUCGAUCAACAUUAUAUAGGUAGAGAAACGGCGGAAAUGGAACACAUAUUCUUUUCUUUAGACUAGCAUAUUUAAUAAGCACACUUCCCCGGAGAGCGAUCUAAUGGUUUUGGCAAUUUUUUUAACGAAAAUAAACGGAAUGUUAUAGAAGAGUUUUGGAUGGUUUGUGGGCAGCUAGAGGUGUGCGUGAGAGUGUGCGGCGUGUAAGACCCUGGCGUGAAUGAAUGGAUGAUGGAUGCGAUUAUUGUGGGACACGAGACGACGUGUGCCAUAGAGAAAAUGAGGGUAAAACACAUUGUUGUAGCGCAGGAUUGUCGUCGUUUGAAUAUAGCAUAAUAAACAGAGAAUAAACAACACGACGUUGCCGUUACAGCAGUGUGAGAAUCACAUCCUGCACCUUGUUGGAUGUCGGUUAGAUAUAAUUAUUCUUUUUUUCAAUUUUUUUAUCAAAUCGAAAUACACAGUAUGGUGGCGCUCCUAGUGUGUGCGGGAGCGAGAAAUUAGAUAAUUUUUUGAUGCAAUCGCUCUUUUCACAACACUUUGAUCAUUGCCUCCUAUUGCCUGAUCAAAGCCUCCUACUUUGUUCGCGGUGGUUCCACGACGCGGUAGUCUUAUGGUUUUAGCUAGCGUUGAAUUUGGUAGGACUUCUUACGCCCAGAAAAAACUAAAAUUUAAUUUAAAACACAAUGAAAUCGUAGAAAAUAUGAACCACAUUUUCUCUCAACCGUGGUGAAUCGAUGAAAGAUCAAUCGCGGUGAAGAAAAGCACGGGUCCAUAUUUACAUUGUAUACAUUACUUAUUUUCGACUCGCUCUAUCCAGUCUCUUGAGGGGAAAAGAAAAGUGCUCAUAUUUUUCCCGCCCAAACUGGUUCCAAAAGAAUCUAAAGUUCUCAUUUAAGAAUCACAUUAGUAGCAGCACACAUAGCAGUGAAAGAGUACGCCACCAGAAGAUAAAUAGGAAAGAAGCAAACACAAGAAGAGGGAAACACUACUGCGUACAACCAGCGGAAACAAAACUAAGAAAGAAGCAUGAAAAUAGUAUAGCACUUAAAACAAUAAUCUCUAGCGUAGUAUGUAGCUCAAGAUUCCAAAAUGAAACAGAAAAUUAAAAAAAAAAGAAGAAGUCAUGCAAUUAGUAGAUAGUCUUGUAGUAGCAUGUUGUGCAGGAUAACAGAUUGUACGUGCGAACAGAAAAACGAGCACAAGGAAAAGGGAACGAAUGAAAAAAAUAACGGGGACAGAGUGAGAGGAGAUUAAAAAGAUAAGAGCAUGUGUGUGCGUGAGCAUUAGUACGCUUGAUGAAUUCCAUUGCUUCUCUUCUGGGUCAGUGACGACAACGAGUGACUGAUGUGUGAGUCUUGUCUAAAUCGGUAUGUUUGACUGCGGACAACGAAGGGGCGAUCUCCGACGAUCCGGUGAUCUCCAGUAACGGUGUGAAUGGAAGAAUGCAAACGAUGCAGUUACUGACGAGGAUGAUCAUGUACAGCGCGUAUGAUCGAGCUUUAAAAACUAUUAUACAAUGAGUGAGUCGUCGAAUGAAGAUGAAAUGAGGAGGGUGGUAUGUUUUCGAUUAUUUGUUUGUUUCCAACCAUGUUGUAUGUGGCGAUGAGCGUUCCAACAAGAGGAUACCCGACGGUCGGAUGAGUGUGUGAUAUUAGUAUGUCUAAGAGAAUCGUAUGCAUGCUUUUAUGUGCGCGCGUGCAUCGUAUAUAAACUGUGUAUGAUUUGUGACCAAUGUAUGUGAGUGAAAGGAAAGCCAAUGUUUGGUAAAUAAAAAAAAUCUGCACUAAAUAAUAAAAUCGAAGCGAAUGUGUCACAAUGCACGGUGAUGAGAGAGAGAGAGCAAGUGAGAGUGUAUGUAUAUGGAAAGUGGAGAACUUCAUGAAUGCAUACGAUGGUAUAGACUUUUUUCACUACUUGCAACACCCUCGGCAUGCGUUUUGGCAUGAUAGUUUUGAGAUUUCAGUUCCAUCGAAGGGUUCUGUGAAGAACUAAACUGCUCUUGUUUGAGAAGUUGUGGAUGCUAAACUUAUUAUCCGGAAAUUUUAGGCAGAACGUUGGAAAAUUUCACCGGCAAACAAUUCAAUAGUUUGCUACGAUGUAGAUAUGCAGUAUUUAAAAACCUACAGAAGAUUAAAUCUCCUAAUCCGAUACCGUGGCAUAGUAAUCCGAAAAAAGAGACAAACUUAAGCUGUGAAAUGGUCUUACUCGGCUGCUUAGCAGCUAAUUGGUAUUGGUAACUUUUGCCCACACUAAAUGCUUCUUCUACUUGUGGGACAGGGACUUGGGAAAACAGAACAAACCCCACUCUGGCACGCUCCACUUUUGUUGGGACUUUCUAAUCAAUGUACAAGUUCCUAAUGCCAUAUAACGAGCAGUAGGUGGGGUCGCGUAGGGGAAACUUGGAGACUGAACGCCAACAACCUAUUGGACCCAUUGUUUAUCGAUGGCUUUGGAAAGCCGAUGUCUUGAAUGCAUUGCCGAUAGAAGCGAGUGUUUGUCGAUGUACGUUUUAGUGCGAAUGACUGUGAACUUGCAACGGAUUUGCGUCCGGGGAUAAACCAGCCGGCAAUGUGUGAACGAGAACUGCUUGUGUGCGAUUCCUGCACUUUCCUCCAGUCGCCGACAGUUUUGCGGACGCAUUAGUGUGUAACUAGUUAUUUAAGUGCGUAAAGUAAAACAAAACCAUGAAUCAUUCCGACCAUUGACAUGCAGAGAGUGAACGGAACCGGCUGAACGAAUGUGGUGAAACCGUGCGGUGUGUGCGCUGUUUGAGUAAAACACUGUACACUUUAAAUGUAUGAAACAGAUUCAACAUUAUUCCGUUAGUGUAGUUUCGAUCGAGUCAAGGUUCCGAAACCACAAAGGAUUGAAUGAAGCUUUACCCGGUGAUUUUUAAUGUGCGUGCGCGUGGUGGAUGACUAGUGGAACACUCCGAAAUAUAUCAUUAGUAGAUAGGGCCGAGCCGAGAAAUGUGAAACGAUACAAUAAUAACGCAAGAACGAAAAAUAAUAAACAACCCCGAAUGAUGAACGGGAGAGGGCGUAUAAAGUAAUGUGAGAACAGACGACAAACAAAGAGUUAGAAACAUUACAAAUGGACUAAGAAAGUAUACACUUGCUUCCAUUGUCGAAAGAAAACAAAAGAAACACUAAGGAAAAAGAAACAAACGAUAGGCUUAUCAUACAACACAACAAAAAACACAAAUGUCGACUGAAUAUACUAGAGUACGAAACGAGAACAACACUUUUAGGCGAUGGUAUGUAACUGACUACAUGUUAAGGUGCCGAAUGUCCGUACGAACUGUUAACCCGGCUUUCCGCAAUCAAUUUGGGGAGUCAUCGGGGAAGAAAGACAUGUUUGGCUUUAUUAUGUGUUUUUGUAUAAACAUCCAGUGAUUCUUGAACACUGCGGAUGUACGUCAACACCAAUCGUGCUGCUAAAACCUGCGAUUGCUGGAAAGCAGAGGCCCCCCCAUAUAUGCAAUAAUGUUGAAACAUAAAGACCCGGGCCAUUUUAUCAGCCGGGCACAACACUGUAUUGUUAGCUAUUUUAACUUUUUUUAAUGUUGUUUUUAGAUCAAUUGUUUGAUUCAUUACUGUGAUGUGUAUAAAGACAAAAGCUAGCAGGCAGGAGGCAGGAGAAAAGCAAACAGUGGGACACAUGAGUAGACGAAACAUUCGGAGCGACUACGAUACCGCGGAUACGAGUUUGACAUUGGUUUCGAAGCGCUCGUGGGUUCCUUAAGCGAACCGAAAGCGGACAACCGUAGUAGAGGAAGCCCCGUGGCUCUAUAUAAAUGUACACAACUCUAUAUACAACCAAUAGAGGAGGUAUCGAAACACUUAACACUAAUGCUACAAUUCACUCAGGAAACGAAGCGACAAACACCGCGAGCGGUGGUGGUGGUAGUGGUUAACAGAAAAUUGGGAAAAGAACCUUAACUAACGACCUACGCCACAAAACAAAGCUCGUAAGGCACGCAGCAAGCAGAACCUAAUAAAUCAUUUUUUACCAAACAUAUUUCAUACAAACAGAUAACAUAUAACAGCAGACAAAAAACGCGCAACAACAAAUGAAACAUUACAUACUAGAAAUCAUAUUACCAGCAAAACGGUGAGAAAAACCAACAACCAAGACUACAAUUGUUACCUAACGGAAGUGAAAAACAGCAGACAAACCACGAAAGUUUUCGUGGACAAAUAAUGCAACAUAUUUUUUGAAAGCCUUUUUUCUUCUUCAAAUGAACACAACCGCGGUAGCGUUCGUUUCGUUGCACUCGCCAUUCUCAUAACCGCGCGCGGACGUACGGUUGGCCUUUCGCUCAUCACCGUGAUCGCGACGUGGUAGAGAAAUGAUGAUGAUGUUGAUGAAGAAUGAUGAUGCAUGAUGCUGUCGGUGACGAUCGAAGGCAACUUUUUGCUACAUCGUUGCGUGACUAAUAAACCCGUACCCUUUUCUCGAUAAAGGCGGGGGGACGGCGAAAAACAAAGACGAUUGAAUCGAUCAAUCGAAUCGAUGCAGGGACUGACUUAUUGUACACACGGAGGACGAAUAUAUGAAGUGAAAUCAAAACUAUUAUUAGUAAAAUUGGAAUUAAAAAAGUGCAAAAACACUAGCAAAACUAGCAAUCAAAGAAGGGAAACGACGGUGACGAGAAAAGCACACAAAACAAAACGGUACCAAAACGACCCUUAUUCUAGACGGACUCGGAGCUGGGGGGACAACAAAACAAUACUAAACCUCUAAAAGCGAAACAAGCAAGGAAAGUGAUGAAGUUGAAGCGAAAGUCAAUGUAAAAAUUUUUCAUUCUUGCUAAUAUUGUUGUAUCCAAAUAAGCGAAAGCGGCGUGUGUUGGGAGACGAGUAAUGGUGGUGACUGAUGAUCGCGGUAUGAUUGCGAUGUUCCCUGUAAGCUGUGUACGAAGAAAACGCGACGAAAAUUGUGAGGAGCGCGUAGCUUUUAAGAGUGUAAAUGGGUGAAACUGAGCGAAAAAAUGCCUACCGUUGACGAAUAGAGUCUCCGAAGUAUAGAGUAGAGACAUAGUUUAACAGUUUUCGUUAGUUUCUAAUUUAAUUCCAAUGCAGUCCAAUUUCGUAACAAAAUGAAGGAUGCAAUAGUGCGUUCUCACGUUUCCAAUGUUUGUUUGAGUUUUUCUUUUGUUGUCUACGAAACUCAACUACGAGUUUACAUUUUCAGUUUUAUAACGCAUAAUAAUACGCCCCGGUGUGUCCUCCUUUCGUAGAUAUUGACAAAGAUUGAUAAAACAAAGAUCCAAACGGUAGCUUUCUCUAAGUUAGGUAAACCUUCUUCCAGCACUAACUAAAACGACACACCAUUAGGCGUUGAAUCUUCCACAUUUGCAAACCUUUGGCCAAUGUGUGUGAUUCGAAAAAUUAAUGUUUGUGUGACUGAGAUUCAUUGCGUAAACUUUUAGGAUAUUCAAAAACGAAACCGACAUUGUGAUGGAAACAAAACCAACAUUUUUGUAAAAUACUGACAUUGUGAUGUUGUAGAGAUGGAAACGAAAAACAAAAACCUUGCGUGCGACGACAAAAUACACAAGUACACAACUGAUUGCGACAGAGACACCUAUCGGAAAGACAGUUGCCGAUCUUGGUACCAAACGGAUUUGCUUUGGUGUACCAUGAAAGAUCGAAGAUCGCCACUGGGGCGAGCUAUUCUCUGCAGACAUCUGCUCACCCUGAGACUGACAAAUUAAAGAGUACGAAUUUUAAUAAGUACCAAACUCUCCCGUAGGCAUCGGAAGCCCGACGGUUCCCUGAUCCCUACUGACUAUUACUUAUCAAAAAAAAACAGGACAAGUUACUACUCUGCAUUGUGCCUGGAGCAAUGCGCAAACGACCAAAGACUCAAUGUGUGUGCGUGUAUGUGUGUGUUAAUGUAUGUUUGCGGGUGUGUGCAUAACUAGACUGUAAUGAAUUGACAACGAUACCCAAACCCUUCCCACGAAUUUUGUCUGAGUGCAUGAGUGCACUGCGGACAUGUGCAUCAAAUCAGUUAGGAUUUGUUAGCUUUUAUUUCAAAUACACAACGGUCAGUUUGGAUUGCAAGCUUCUCAUUUUCCACACUCACAGAGACAUGGCCAGUCAGAAAUAGUUAACCUGUAGCAAGGAAUGUAACGACCAUCCCUCACAAGUCGAAAUCCAUCGGUACUACUUGUCUAUUGCUUUUCCGCGUCCGAACAUACUGUGCUGUGAACAGAUGAAUGAACGACGAGUGGUUGAAUGGGUGACUUUUGUGUGAAGCGAAGACGAUGAUCAGCGGUCGGGACAAAUGAGAACAAGAAUGUGGAUGCUGUGAAUACUUAGACUAUGCUAGUAGAAUGUAAAGCGAAAGAAGCGAGAAAGAGAGUGUAUUUUGUCGUAUGUAACGAAUGUGAAAGCGUUUGUACAUUUGCGAGGUAUGCGGCGCUGUGCGAGAUGACGAUGAACGGUUAUGAUGAUGCUAAUGAUUAGUGUGAUGAUGAUGACUGAAUAAAAAUUACAUGACUGCCAAAA